AUGGCAACAGCAUUAGAUGUUCAACAUGAGAGAGCUUACCAAAAACAAGAAGGAGCAAGUUUUUUUAACUCCAAGAAAAUAAAGAAAGGCUCCAAGAGUUAUAUAAGAUACUGGAAAAAGGUUGGAUUAGGAUUCGCUACCCCUAAAGAAGCCAAGGAAGGUGUUUAUGUAGAUAAGAAAUGCCCAUUCACAGGAAAUGUAUCAAUUAGGGGAAGAAUAUUGAAAGGUAUGGUUAUUUCAAACAAAAUGAAGAGAACAAUUAUAAUUAGAAGAAACUAUUUACACUAUGUCAAGAAAUAUAACAGAUUUGAAAAAAGACAUAAAAAUAUUCCAUGCCACUGUUCUCCAUGUUUUGACGUAAAGGAAGGUGACAUAGUAACAGUUGGUCAAUGCAGGCCAUUAUCAAAAACUGUAAGAUUUAACGUUUUACAUGUAGAGAAACACCAAAUCUUUGGAAGUGCCAGAAAACAAUUUGUUUUGUUUUAA